GCCACACUUUAAAUAGCCAGCCCCUUCCUCUGGCCCCUAGAUAACUCUGCCCCCCUGACUGGACCUCUGGCGGCAACUUCACUAAGGUGGGAUGGAUAGCGGGGUCUCAGGCACAACCAGUAAUGGCGAAACAAAACCAGUGUAUCCAGCCAUGAAAAAGGCAAAGGAAGAUGACACUCUGGAGCGGGGGCACUGGAACAACAAGAUGGAGUUUGUGCUGUCAGUGGCCGGGGAGAUCGUUGGCUUAGGCAACGUCUGGAGGUUUCCCUAUCUCUGCUACAAGAAUGGGGGAGGUGCCUUUUUCAUCCCCUACCUCAUCUUCCUCUUCACCUGUGGCAUUCCUCUCUUCUUUCUGGAGACAGCACUGGGCCAGUACACGAGCCAGGGGGGCAUCACAGCCUGGAGGAAGAUCUGCCCCAUCUUUGAGGGCAUCGGCUAUGGCUCCCAGGUGAUUGUCAUGCUCCUGAACAUCUACUACAUCAUUGUCCUGGCCUGGGCCUUCUUCUACCUCUUCAGCAGCUUCACCACUGACCUGCCGUGGGGUAGCUGCCACCACGAGUGGAACACAGAGAACUGUGUGGAGUUCCAGAAGACCAAUGGCUCCCUGAAUGUGACCUCCGAGAAUGCCACCUCCCCUGUCAUCGAGUUCUGGGAGAGGCGGGUCCUGAAGAUCUCUGAUGGCAUCCAGCAUCUGGGGGCCCUGCGCUGGGAGCUGGUCCUGUGCCUCCUGCUCGCCUGGGUCAUCUGCUACUUCUGCAUCUGGAAGGGGGUCAAGUCCACGGGCAAGGUGGUGUACUUCACAGCCACCUUCCCGUAUCUCAUGCUGGUGGUCCUGUUGAUCCGAGGGGUGACACUGCCUGGGGCCGCCAAGGGAAUUCAGUUCUACCUGUACCCUGACCUCACACGCCUGUGGGAUCCCCAGGUGUGGAUGGAUGCGGGCACGCAGAUCUUCUUCUCCUUUGCCAUCUGCCUGGGCUGCCUCACAGCCCUGGGCAGCUACAACAAGUACCACAACAACUGCUACAGGAGCGUUGUGGUUCAUCUCACACCUGAGCCAAGCCAGUGGUGGGGAGGUGGAGCACAGUCAACACUUAGAAGUCACCUGGACUUGCCAGGGAGCCCUGCCCUGGCCUCUGUGAGGGCCCACGGCACCAGCUUCAUGGCCGGCUUUGCCAUCUUCUCCAUCCUGGGCUUCAUGUCCCAGGAGCAGGGUGUGCCCAUUUCCGAGGUUGCUGAGUCAGGCCCUGGCCUGGCUUUCAUCGCCUAUCCCCGGGCCGUUGUCAUGCUGCCCUUCUCUCCUCUAUGGGCCUGCUGCUUCUUCUUCAUGGUCAUUCUCCUGGGACUCGAUAGCCAGUUUGUGUGUGUGGAGAGCCUGGUCACUGCACUGGUGGACAUGUACCCCCAGAGGUUCCGCAGGAAGAACCAGAGGGAGAUCCUCAUCCUUGUGGUGGCUGUCAUUUCCUGCCUUUUGGGACUGGUCAUGCUCACAGAGGGUGGCAUGUAUGUGUUCCAGCUCUUUGACUACUAUGCAGCCAGUGGCAUGUGCCUCCUGUUCGUGGCCAUCUUUGAGUCCAUCUGUGUAGCUUGGGUUUAUGGAGCUGGACGUUUCUAUGACAAUGUGGAAGACAUGAUUGGCUACAAGCCAUGGCCUCUUAUCAAAUGCUGCUGGCUCUUUUUCACACCAGCUGUGUGCAUGGCCACCUUCCUGUUCUCCUUGAUCAAGUAUACGCCGCUGACCUACAACAAGAAGUACAAGUACCCAUGGUGGGGCGAUGCCCUGGGCUGGCUCCUGGCACUGUCCUCCAUGGUCUGCAUUCCUACCUGGAGCAUCUACAAAUUUGUCAGCCUCAAGGGCCCCCUCAGAGAGAGAGUCCGCCAGCUCUUGUGCCCAGCUGAGGAUCUGCCCCAGAGGAGCCAAGCAGGGCACCCCACCCCUGCCACACCCAGGACAUCUCUGCUUCAACUCACAGAACUGGAGUCCAACUGCUAAGGGCAGAUAGCACCUGUAGGCCUGGCUGGGGACAUCUGCAGGCCAUGGGCAGAAGGCCCCAUGUGCCUUUCUGCUCUCACCCUGGGCAGAUGACAGAGGGGUUGUUUUGGAGUUUGCCUUGGGAGCUGGGUGCCUCUCCUCCCCACUUCCCUGUUCCACCCAUGUGGUUGCCACCAAUGAAGGUGCCAGGGUGCAGAGUACCUUCUGAGGCAGCUUGGGGAGCCCGUGGGGGUAGUGGGGUGAGAGCAGCCAACUCUGGCCUCUUCCCUACAGUCCAUUAAAAUUCCAUCU